AUGGAUUUGCAUCCAAGCUUUGCGGCAAGCGGACACUACCAGCCUCAAGAAUGGCACUACUCCCACGUCCACAAUGCCAUUUUGGGCCCAUUUGGAGAAUUGAUGACGGAGGAUGACCUUAACCGUAUUGAGAAGCAAAUUGAGAACCUGCAGGUUAUGCACAAGGUCUCGGAAGUCGAGAAGGAGCUGGAAGAACUGGAACGGGAGCUUCAUCAGCUUCUACCAGUUUCUGCGGCUCUCAAUCAAGGGCACUUUUCUGUCAAUCCAAAGCAGGUUCACGGCCAAGCUGAAGACCUUCCAGACUGGUGCAGCAAGAUUUCUACCCUGCUCAAGAGUAUGGCCAUUCUUCUCGCCACACUGGGAGGACAAGAGAUAGAAAUCUUGGACCUAAUAUGUCCUGGAUAUUCUCAAGAAGAGGCAAGGAAUGUGAAUACGGGUCCGUCUGAAUCAGAAGGAACCAACGGCACAGGUGUUAUUGGAAGGUCUCAGUCGUUCUCAACAAGAGAAGAUGUGGAGAAGGAAAUAAAGCAGUGUGGGGUUUCGGUGAAGAACCUCAAGGCCAAUUAUGAAAUUCAAAACCAGCAGUCUGCAGAUAACAAUGCUAAUAGGGUUUACAAACGGAAGAGGUCACUCCCUGUGGUAAGUGAGUCUAGCUACCAGACUCAAGAGUCCAUUUGCGAAAAUCAGGUCCCUUCCUCCGCAGAGCUCCUUCAGUCCCAUACCAAUGGUGAUUUACCUUCAUUGGAGGAAGCAGUCUUACCCCUUGUUGAAGAGCCAGUUAUAACUGCAUCUCAUGUUCCUCAGACGUAUGCAGCUUCUGAGGUAAUGGCUCCCAACAACAUUGAACAGUUCAAUCAGGUUCUUUCUGCAGACCCCAUUUUAAAUAAUGAUCAAUUAACAAGAAGCUUGGAGGUGCAGACAGAUAUAAGCUAUGUCCAGGAAUGCAUUGAAAUGAGGAAGGAAAGAAUCGUCUUCCUGUUUCUUGAACACUGGCGGAAGUACACCAUCUCUGAAUCUUUUCGGACUAAACUUACUGUCAGGAAAGGAAAUUAUUUAGACGUGGGCUGGGAGGACUACAAUGAUUUUAGUGCAGAGUUUACUGGGGAGAUGCAGAGCGAAGAUGACAAGCUCUUUCUUUUCAUGAAGUCAAAGCAGGUAGUAGGGAAUCUUAUUGGCCACUGGAGAACAAUCAUGAGUCAAGUGCCCACACGCCAGAUCCGCAGGCUGAGUCGUGCCCAGAUGAUAUACUGGCCAGAGCACUUUUUGCCACACAUCAACGGGUCUCCUGUGAGCUACGAAAGCCUUACUCUUGACCUCUUCAUGCUUGGAUACUUUCAGUUGCUGGAAAUGAGCAUGUCUCGCAGUGAGCGCAAAUUCCGCCACCUCUUGUGCUAUGAAAUGUUUGACCGUCUUGGCAGUCAUAAAUGGGAGGCCAUUAGGCAGUUUCACAAGGAGGUUAUGGAGGGUAUUGAGAGAGGGAAGCGAGACUGGGCAGAUGGUUUUGAAGACAUAAAACUCAAGUAUUUUGGAGACUCAAAUGAUGGGGGAGGUAUGAUGACGGCUUCCCUACAUUCUAUGUCAUCUGACAUGUCCAUUAUGCAGGAGCCACUUCCUCCUCCACCUCCUCAUCCUCCACCUCCUCCACCAACAGCACCACCAGCCCCCCAACAGUCAACCAUAUCUCCAUCAUCAUUGCCUGCUGUAUCCCAGAAUGCCAUAUCUGACAAAGGCCAGUGUAUGGAGCAGGGAACUCUGAAGAAGCCAUUGGAGGAAAAUGUUCAGAGGGAUGUAAAAAGCAGUGAGCCUAUGUCAUCAAAUAAGGCAGUGGCUUCUAAUGGAAACAUUGCCGAGCAGAACCAUGUGCAGAGUUUGACAACUGAAACUGUACCACACAUGGAUGCAGUAGCAAUAGCUGGAACGUCGCUGGACACAAAUAGAAGCUCAGGACCAGUAAAAGAUGUUCCGCCUGUUACUGUUAAAAUCAUAGAGGAACCUCAGGUUGAUAAACCUCUACCCAGGGAUGGUCAUAAUGAGGACUCAAUAAAAGUAAUUUAUGAGCUGAAAGAAUUCAGCAAUGAGGAGAUCAUUAGAUACAUUGACAGAAGCUUCGCUUUUUGGAAAGAAAAGGAAGCAGAGCUAUUUGAUAUCUAA